GAGGAGAGAGAGUACAAGCAUUUUUGGCUAGGAGAGAGAGAGAAGAUUCAGAGGAACAAAAGUGUCUUUUUUUUUCUUCUCUGCAUUUUACACUUAUCAUGUCGUCUCGACGCUUUUGUAAAAGCUAAAAAGAGAUAAAGAUACCCAACGACGAAGACUAGAGACAGAGAGACCCAAUUCUCUUUAUUCUUCUUCUUCUUAUUAUUAUUCUUCUUCUUCUUGUUUCUGUCUUCCUAAAGAUACUCUCUGUUUCUGAGUCUCCAAGAUAUCCAUAAAGAAAGAUCCUGUAAAAAAGAUGACGAAAGUGUGUCCUGAAACCGAAGAAAGAACAUUACAAGAGCCAGUUCUUACAGUAUCAACAGAUGUGAGCUUUGCUUCUAACCAUUUCCCAACGUACAAGUUAGGACCUGAUAAUGAGAUAGUAGAUGAACCUAAAGAAGAUGAGAAAGGUCCAUCAGUGAAAGAAACCGUCGAGGAAGAGAGCCAGCUCUUGUCUGAUCAGCACAAGCGUCUUUCAGUGCGUGACCUCGCUAGUAAAUUUGACAAGAAGUUGGCUGCAGCUGUUAGUUUGGCUGAUGAGGCAAAGCUAAAAGAGGUGGCUUCUUUAGAGGGACAUGUAAUGCUGAAGAAGCUAAGAGAUGCUUUAGAAUACAUGAGAGGACGCACGGAUGGGCAGAACAAGAAAGAUGUGGAGAAAGCUAUCUCCAUGGUUGAAGCUCUAGCUGUGAAGUUAACUCAGAAUGAAGGUGAACUAAUUCAAGAAAAGUUUGAAGUGAAGAAACUUGGAAACUUCCUCAAGCAGGCUUCAGAAGAUGCAAAGAAACUAGUAAACCAUGAAAAGUCAUUUGCAUGCGCUGAGAUCGAAAGUGCAAGAGCCGUUGUGCUUAGACUUGGAGAGGCAUUUGAAGAACAGAAGCGAAGCUCUGAGGCUUCUAGAGCUCAGGGACCGGAUGUUGAGAAAUUGGCUGAGGAGGUUCAGGAAGCUAGACAGAUCAAACGCAUGCAUCACCCAACAAAGGUGAUGGGCAUGCAACAUGAGCUUCAUGGUUUAAGAAGUCGAAUUCAAGAGAAGUAUAUGAACUCUGUUAGACUUCAUCAAGAGAUAGCAACAAUCAAAAGAGCAGAGGAAUCCAUUUCAUGUCCAUUUGUUCUAGAGGGCACGCAAAGUCUCGGCUCUUGCUUAAAAAUCCAUGUUAGUGCUCCAGAUAAUGCCAUAGAUCUUUCCAACUGUUCCAUCCAGUGGUACCGUGCAGCAUGUGAAACUAGCAGAAGGGAAGCUAUAUCUGGUUCAAACCAAGCAGUAUAUGCUCCAGAACCAUUUGAUGUUGGGAGGAUCUUACAGGCAGACAUUCUUUCAAAUGGACAGAAAGUCACAGUUACAACCGAUGGUCCAAUUGAUCCUGAUGCUGGCUUGCAAUCCCGAAUAGAGUCUUUGAUGAAAAAAUCCAACAGUGAUUUCAGCGUGGUUAUAUCACAGAUGAAUGGACAAGACUAUGCAUCUCGAUCUCAUGUACUUACUAUUGGAAAAACGAGGAUAAAGCUGUCUCGAGGAUGGAUCACAAAGGCGAGAGAAAUAUAUUCAACAUCCAUGCAGCUCUGUGGAGUUAGAGGCAAUAUUAAGGCUCCGGCCAAAGCGUUGUUCUGGCAACCAAGAAAGAGUCUAACUUUCACACUAACCUUUGAGUCAGAACAAGAACGUAACACAGCCAUAGCCCUUGCUCGGAAAUACGCUUUUGAUUGCAAUGUUACAUUGCUUGGGCCAGAUGAUUAAACAAAUGGUGAACAAGACAUUGUCAUUAACCAACCACCUGAUUUUUUUUUGUUAUUGUGUGUGUUGUUUGUUUGACUUUUUUUUGUUUCACACUGUGGUUCAAAGAAGGAAGGUGCAAGUUUGGCUUCUCACUGUUCAUCCAAUGUUGCUGCACAGAUUUUUAUUAUAGGCAGCAGAUUUCAUUUUUUUGUUUCCUUUUUGUCAGAUCAUCUGUUUGAUAUGGCUGCCAUGUCUGAUUUGUUUUGGUUUGUUUAAUUGAUUUCUAUUAUUUUUUCUGAUGUUUAGGAUGCAACAUUGUUAAUCAGAUUAUGAGUGUGAGAUCAGAAAUCUACAGCGGAUUGUAACUAUUACAAGCA